AUGACUUCUCAAGCUGUCUUUUUGAGGAACUAUCUGACCAAAUAUGGAGAUAACAAUGUGACUGGAAAUUCACUAGCUAAUGCAAAAGUAUUAUGUGGUAAUUGCGGUAAAAAGAAUGGUUCGGAUGUUUGUACCGCUAUUGCUUUUGGAGAAUACACAGUGGCCCUUAGCUUUAUAAAGAACACAACACCUUACAAACACCACCCACUGUUAAGUUUUGUCUAUAACUUGUCAGAAAAACUUUCUCCCAGAGCAAGCUCAAAAGGAACAAACAUUGUGAAAUCUAUAUGUGAUGUCAAGGCAGACACAGAUGACAAAUAUAUAAACAUGUCGGGAAAAAAAAAACAAAACAGACAUACAGGAUUAUCUAUUAAACUGCUCAAAGUAACUAUCCAAGAAUACAUUUCAAUUAUUGUCACUUACGACAAAAGAUAUGAGACAACUGUGACAAAAGCAUAUGAUAUCAACCCACAUAUGACCAGAGCUGUAAAUGCUCAUUUAGCAACACUGGAACUCUCCUAUGAAGAGAACACUUUGAGUUCUACUGCCAUUCCAGGAGUAGUUUCAGGAAUUGUUUUCAUUGUCUUCAUUGCUGAUUUCAAUGGCAGGAGCAGAAGUCACGCUGGGCAUAAGAUAAUUCAGCAUUUGCAAUUACGCUCCUGA